CACCUCGACUUACCACUCCCUCUCUCAAUUUUUGGGAUCUUAAUCCUCACUCUCUUUCUAAAACACCUAAAACAAAAAAAUUAUUAAAUCCCCAAAUCUCAAAGAAAAAGAAAAAAAUGUUCAGCAGUUCCACCACCACUAGCGACUACUCAAAUCCAAUGGGGAUUAUCCGGCCGCUUCUGCUGGACCGCGCCGCCGCCAAAUGGAAGUACAGCACCGUCGAGAUCGCGCCCAACUGCCCCCGCUGCGCCUCCGCCAACACCAAAUUCUGCUACUACAACAACUACAGCCUCUCGCAGCCGCGCUACUUCUGCAAGGCUUGCCGCCGCUACUGGACCAAGGGCGGGUCCCUCCGCAACGUCCCCGUGGGCGGAGGCUGCCGCAAGAGCCGCCGCGCCAGGGCCGCCACCCGCCAGUCCGCCGCCGGCCCCGCCUACGCGGACCCCGCCCCCGCGGGUGGCGGAGCGUGCAUUGAUAUGGCUGCUGUUUUCGCGAAAUACGUGAACCACGGGGCAGAGAACGACGAGUCGUCGCUCAGCCCCGGGGCGGCCAGCACCGGAUCGUCGUCGGAAAACGCGCAGGCGAGCGCGAUGGAGGAGGCGUUUUAUGAGUACCAGACGACGCCGUUGGAUCAGAUGCAGCAGGUGAUGCCGCAGAUGUCCACGUGUCAGGAUGUUAGUAGCCAGCAGUUUGUGUACCAGGAUUUCGAGCUGCAGCAGCAGGGUGUACUCUGCGAGGAUAUAUUGUGGGCGGAAGGUACUACUCUGCCGAGCUUCGCGUACCAGCAGCAGCCGAUGGUGCAGGUGGAAGACUGUGGGCUGUUCGCACCGGAUGAUGACCAGUUAAGAAUCUCUGCGAAUUUGGUUUCGGAUAAUUGGGGCUCUUUUGAUCUCUCGGCCUAUGAUUUUUACUCCACCCCUUGAUACAAUUUUUCAUUAACUGGAAAGAAUUAUUAAUUUAAUUCCUCAUUUUUCUUUCCUCUCUCAGAUCCUUUUUUUUUUUUUUUUCUUGAUUCUUGGAAGUUAACUGUCACAAUUCCGUGAAAGGGACUAGUGGCAAAAUAUAAUGAUGUCUAUAUAUAUAUACCUUUAUAGAAAUAAUGAAAUUUUGUCCUAUUUCAU